AUGGAAGAAGUCCAUGGCCUCAUCAAUAUCAAAAUCCUGAGGCUGUUCCUCAAAGACUACCCGCAUUUCCCAGAGUUACCUUUAAAGAGGCCCGCAAUCGAUCUCAAUGCACCACAAGAACCCAGGCCAAAGAGACAGUGCAGAGAUGAUAAGGGAAAAGGGAAAGUCCAAGAAGAAACAACGAAAGAUCCAGAACCUUUGGACCCCUUACCCUUAGUUAUCCGCCCUCCAAGCCCUUCGAGCUCACCCACACAACCUUCUUCUCCACUUCAUGAGCAUUUCACCAACCUUCUCCUCAUUCCAAAUUCUCCAAUUGCAUACCCACCAAUUUACUCACCUGCAGCUUCAUCACCGCAACCUUCCAUUCCACCACCGCAUAUUGAUGACCCACACGAUUUGGCUUAUCUUCAUGGUGCCAUGAUGCCUCCGCAUUUCCGGCAGCAACUGAAUUUUGAUGAUGCUCUUGCAGCACCACCUCAGAAUCCUCCUCUAGAUCCUUCGGCUCCUCAAUAA